UAAGUGUGACAUCGUCAAAUAUUGUGUAUCCUUUUCCUUUGUAAAAAAAAUAAUAUUUAAAAUAUUUAAACAGUUUGUUGCACAUUGAAGUUCCAGUUGAGAUUCAAAACAAACAAAAAAAAAAUUAACAGUUUGCAAUUGCAAAUCCUGACGUUUUGUCAUUCUAGAAGAAUGGUCAGAAUGAAACCGUUUUUGAACUUGGCAAAAUGCAUCAUAAUUGUGUUGAUGAUAACAAUGCCAUAUCCUGCCCGAUCAAAUGACCUGAUGGCUGUAACGGGUAGACUUUCUGGAAAAAUAAGACGGGAAGUUGCUCCAGAUCAUGUCCAUAUACAGAUGAUCGAUGUUAAGUGCGAUGCAGACGAUGGUAUGGUUGUAACUGUUCAAUUCGAACAGCCCUUCAAUGGCAUCAUCUACAGCCAAAGCUACUUCAAUGAUCCCAAAUGCAGAUAUGUUGAAGCUGGUAGUAACAGUAACGUUUACACUUUUAAAGUCUCCAUGAAUGGCUGCGGCAGUCGGCCUUCUUGUUCAAUUUGUGCAUCAGUGGAUAAUAUUUUAGUUAUUCAAUCAGAUGAAAAUGUUCAAGAAGUUUGGGACCAGGCUAGGAGGAUAACCUGUACUAAGAGCAGGGAGCAAGAGAAGACGGUAAUCUUCAAGCCAUUUGUAGUAGAGAUGCUUGAAGUGGUCCAGGUUCCCACACAAACUGGUGGCAUUGAGUGUUGGAUGGACAUACUCAAGGGUGAUUACUCUAACAACAAGCCUAUUAACGAAAUUGUCAAGAUUGGUGAACACAUAACGAUUUUGAUAUACUUGAGAGACCCAAGUAGGGAGUAUGAUAUCGUCGUUAGAGAUUGUUAUGCAUUCGAUAGUGAAGACUAUAAGGCCAAGACCACGAGUAUGCUGCAACUAUCAGAUAAAAGUGGUUGUUCCAAGAAACCCAAAUUGUUCGGAAGUUGGAUAAAGAAUGAUAAGCCAAACAAAGACGGAGCGACGAAAGUGGUAUAUAAUACCUUAAAUGCCUUUAAAUUCCCUGAGAGGGCACAAGUUUUUCUAAAAUGUGAUAUUGAGCUUUGUAAUGGGAAGUGUCAGGAGCCACGUUGUGAUGAUCCUGCAUUGCCACCGGAUGCAUAUAAUGAAAUUUCAUUUCCAAAGACAACAACUGAUUCAAAUCAAUGCUAUAAGGGUUCAGCAGACCCUAGAUGCAACCAACCACUAAAACCUAAAACAACUUAUUCACAAUGCAGUCCCGGAUCCACUGAUCCAAGGUGUUCAAAGGUCACAACAUAUCGCCCGAAGAUUACAACUAACCUGCCACCAUUAACUGAUUUUGCAAUAACAACUUUAAGAUCUCGCUGUUAUCCGGAUUCAAAGGAUCCCAUAUGUCAACCAGCUACAUCUAAGCCCACAACAACUGAUUGCUUUAUAGGUUCAACAGAUCCAAAUUGUCUCCAAACAACUGGUCCAAAAACAACAAGGCUUCCUUCAAAACCACCAUCAACUACCUCAAAAGAAGCUGGUUGUUAUCCAGGGUCAAAUAAUCCAAACUGUGGAAUAUCCACAGUUGCCCCUCGUUGCUUAGCAGGUUCUACAGACCUUCGAUGUCUAGAAAAAACAUCUGAUCCCACAUGCUUACCUGGCUCAAACGAUCCAAAGUGUGCCAAACGUCCGAUUCCUCCUACGUAUUCGCCUACAACCACUGGGAAUCCUAAUUGUUAUCCUGGCUCCAGUGAUUCUCGCUGUCAACAAGAAGCGACUUCUGUUUCUGUUACAACCCCACACUGUUAUCCAGGUUCCACAGAUCCAAAUUGUCCUCAAAAAACAACACCUAGUUCUCGUUGUUACCCAGGAUCCACUGACCCUAAAUGUAAACAAACAACUGCAAAUCCGAAAUGUUAUCCAGGUUCUCAGGACCCAAGCUGUCAAAGCUCAACACCUUCACCACCAAAUUGCUAUCCCGGAUCACCAGAUUCAAGGUGUCCCAAGCCUUCGAUUCCUCCGAGACAACCUUCUACAUAUUUGCCUCCAACCACAGGGAAUCCUAAUUGCUAUCCGGGCUCCACUGAUCCUCGCUGUCAACAAGUAACGACUCCAGUACCUACUGAUAUCCCACGGUGCUAUCCAGGUUCCACAGAUCCAAAUUGUCCUCAGCAAGCAAAUCCGCGUCCUGGUUGUUACCCAGGAUCCAAUGACCCUAAAUGUCAAGCAACGUCAACAAAUCCUAAAUGUUAUCCAGGUUCUCAAGACAAAAGCUGUCCGAAAGCAACAACUUCAAUACCAAAUUGCUAUCCCGGCUCACCCGAUUCAAGGUGUCCUAAGCCUCCGAUCUCUCCUAAGCAACCAUCUACUUAUUUGCCACCAACUACUGUUUCUCCUAACUGCUAUCCUGGCUCCAGUGAUUCCCGCUGUCAACAAGCAACGACUGCUUCUCCUGCUACAACCCCACGCUGUUAUCCAGGUUCCACAGAUCCAAAUUGUCCUCAGAAAACAACUCCAGGUCCUCGUUGUUACCCAGGAUCUACUGACCCUAAAUGUAAACAAACGACUUAUAGGGAACCUUCAACUUAUAUACCACCAACAACCAGUUCUCCAGAUUGCUAUCCUGGGUCCAGAGAUCAACGUUGCCCACAAACUACACCCCCAAUUCCUGUCACUUCGUCAAGCUGCUAUCCCGGUUCUAAAGAUCCAAAAUGUCCUCAGGUUACAACCCAAAAACCAGCUCCUCGUUGUUUCCCCGGAUCAACUGAUCCUAAAUGUCCACAAACACCAACAGAGCCAAAAUGCUCCUUAGGUUCCACGGAUCCGAGAUGUCCCCAAGGAACUACACAAAGAACAAUCACAACAAAAGUACCUAAUUGCUAUCAGGGAUCCAAAGACCCCAGAUGCCUCCAGGCAACAACUCCAUCACCAAAUUGCUAUCCCGGAUCACCAGAUCCUAGGUGUCCCAGGCCUCCAUUUUCUUCGAGACAACCUGCAACCUAUCUGCCUCCAACUGUCGGAGCUUCUUCUUGUUUCCCUGGUUCUAGUGAUCCUCGCUGUCGACAGGUUACGACUCCUAUUCCCUCUACAACUCAGCGGUGUUAUCCAGGUUCCACAGAUCCAAAUUGUCUCCAGAAAACAACACCUGGUCCUCGUUGUUACCCAGGAUCCACUGACCCUAAAUGUCAAUCAACGACUGCAGAUCCAAAAUGUUAUCCAGGUUCUCAGGAUCCAAGCUGUCUAAAAUUAACAAUUUCACCACCAAAUUGUUAUCCCGGCUCAUCCGAUAAACGAUGUCCCAAACUACCAGCACCUUCUAGGGAACCUUCAACUUAUAUACCACCAACAACCAGUGCUCCAGAUUGCUAUCCUGGAUCCAGAGAUCCACGUUGCCCACAAACUACAUCAACAGUUCCUGUCACGUCGUCAAGCUGUUAUCCCGGUUCUAAGGAUCCAAAAUGUCCUCAGGUUACAACCCAAAAACCAACUCCUCGUUGUUUCCCCGGAUCAACUGAUCCUAAAUGCCCACAAACACCAACAGAGCCAAAAUGCUUCUUAGGUUCCACGGAUCUGAGAUGUCCUCAAGGAACUACAGAAAGAACAAUCACAACAAAAGAACCCAAUUGUUAUCAGGGAUCCAAAGACCCCGGAUGCCUCCAGGCAACAACUCCAUCACCAAAUUGCUAUCCCGGAUCACAAGAUCCAAAGUGUCCCAGGCCUCCAUUUUCUUCAAGAAAACCUGCAACGUAUCUGCCUCCAACUGUCGGAGCUUCUUCUUGUUUCCCUGGUUCUAGUGAUCCUCGCUGUCGACAGGUUACGACUCCUAGUCCCUCCACAACUCAGCGGUGUUAUCCAGGUUCCACAGAUCCAAAUUGUCUCCCGAAAACAACACCUGGUCCUCGUUGUUACCCAGGAUCCACUGACCCUAAAUGUCAAUCAACGCCUGCAGAUCCAAAAUGUUAUCCAGGUUCUCAGGAUCCAAGCUGUCUAAAAUCAACAAUUUCACCACCAAAUUGUUAUCCCGGCUCAUCCGAUAAACGAUGUCCCAAACUACCAGCACCUUCUAGGGAACCUUCAACUUAUAUACCACCAACAACCAGUGGUCCAGAUUGCUAUCCUGGAUCCAGAGAUCUACGUUGCCCACAAACUACAUCAACAGUUCCUGUCACGUCGUCAAGCUGUUAUCCCGGUUCUAAGGAUCCAAAAUGUCCUCGGGUUACAACCCAAAAACCAACUCCUCGUUGUUUCCCCGGAUCAACUGAUCCUAAAUGCCCACAAACACCAACAGAGCCAAAAUGCUUCUUAGGUGCCACGGAUCCGAGAUGUCCCCAAGGAACUACACAAAGAACAAUCACAACAAAAGAACCCAAUUGUUAUCAGGGAUCCAAAGACCCCGGAUGCCUCCAGGCAACAACUCCAACACCAAAUUGCUAUCCCGGAUCACAAGAUCCAAAGUGUCCCAGGCCUCCAUUUUCUUCGAGAAAACCUGCAACGUAUCUGCCUCCAACUGUCGGAGCUUCUUCUUGUUUCCCUGGUUCUAGUGAUCCUCGCUGUCGACAGGUUACGACUCCUAGUCCCUCCACAACUCAGCGGUGUUAUCCAGGUUCCACAGAUCCAAAUUGUCUCCAGAAAACAACUCCUGGUCCUCGUUGUUACCCAGGAUCCACUGACCCUAAAUGCAAACAAACGACUUCUAGGGCACCUUCACUUUAUAUACCACUAACAACCAGUGCUCCAGAUUGCUAUCCUGGGUCCAGAGAUCCACGUUGCCCACAAACUACAUCAACUGGUCCUGUCACGUCGUCAAGCUGUUAUCCCGGUUCUAAAGAUCCAAAAUGUCCUCAGGUUACAACCCAAAAACCAGCUCCUCGUUGUUUCCCCGGAUCAACUGAUCCUAAAUGUCCACAAACACCAACAGAGCCAAAAUGCUUCUUAGGAUCCACGGAUCCGAGAUGUCCCCAAGAAACUACGCAAAGAACAAUCACAACAAAAGCACCUAAUUGUUAUCAGGGAUCCAAGGACCCCGGAUGCCUCCAGACAACAACUCCAUCACCAAAUUGCUAUCCCGGAUCACCAGAUCCUAGGUGUCCCAGGCCUCCAUUUUCUUCGAGACAACCUGCAACGUAUUUGCCUCCAACUGUCGGAGCUUCUUCUUGUUUCCCUGGUUCUAGUGAUCCUCGAUGUCGACAGGUUACAACUUCUAUACCCUCUACAACUCAGCGGUGUUAUCCAGGUUCCACAGAUCCAAAUUGUCUCCAGAAAACAACACCUGGUCCUCGUUGUUACCCAGGAUCCACUGACCCUAAAUGUCAAUCAACGACUGCAGAUCCAAAAUGUUAUCCAGGUUCUCAGGAUCCAAACUGUCUUAAAUCAACAAUUUCACCACCAAAUUGUUAUCCUGGCUCAUCCGAUAAACGAUGUCCCAAACUACCAGCACCUUCUAGGGAACCUUCAACUUAUAUACCACCAACAACCAGUGCUCCAGAUUGCUAUCCUGGAUCCAGAGAUCUACGUUGCCCACAAACUACAUCAACAGUUCCUGUCAAGUCGUCAAGCUGUUAUCCCGGUUCUAAGGAUCCAAAAUGUCCUCAGGUUACAACCCAAAAACCAGCUCCUCGUUGUUUCCCCGGAUCAACUGAUCCUAAAUGUCCACAAACACCAACAGAGCCAAAAUGCUUCUUAGGUUCCACGGAUCCGAGAUGUCCCCAAGGAACUACACAAAAAACAAUUACAAAAAAAGCACCUAAUUGUUAUCAGGGAUCUAAGGACCCCGGAUGCCUCCAGGCAACAACUCCAUCUCCAAGUUGCUACCCCGGAUCACCGGAUCCAAAGUGUCCCAGGCCUCCAUUUUCUUCGAGACAACCUGCAACGUAUUUGCCUCCAACUGUCGGAGCUUCUUCUUGUUUCCCUGGUUCUAGUGAUCCUCGCUGUCGACAGGUUACGACUCCUAGUCCCUCCACAACUCAGCGGUGUUAUCCAGGUUCCACAGAUCCAAAUUGUCUCCAGAAAACAACACCUGGUCCUAGUUGUUACCCAGGAUCCACUGACCCGAAAUGUCAAUCAACGACUGCAGAUCCAAAAUGUUAUCCAGGUUCUCAGGACCCAAGCUGUCUUAAAUCAACAAUUUCACCACCAAAUUGUUAUCCAGGCUCAUUCGAUAAACGAUGUCCCAAACUACCAGCACCUUCUAGGGAACCUUCAGCUUAUAUACCACCAACAACCAGUGCUCCAGAUUGCUAUCCUGGAUCCAGAGAUCCACGUUGCCCACAAACUACAUCAACAGUUCCUGUCACGUCGUCAAGCUGUUAUCCCGGUUCUAAAGAUCCAAAAUGUCAGGUUACAACCCAAAAAUCAACUCCUCGUUGUUUCCCCGGAUCAACUGAUCCUAAAUGUCCACAAACACCAACAGAGCCAAAAUGCUUCUUAGGUUCCACGGAUCCGAGAUGUCCCCAAGGAACUACACAAAGAACAAUCACAAAAAAAACACCUAAUUGUUAUCAGGGAUCCAAGGACCCCGGAUGCCUCCAGACAACAACUCCAUCACCAAAUUGCUAUCCUGGAUCACAAGAUCCAAAGUGUCCCAGGCCUCCAUUUUCUUCGAGACAACCUGCAACGUAUUUGCCUCCAACUGUCGGAGCUUCUUCUUGUUUCCCUGGUUCUAGUGAUCCUCGCUGUCUACAGGUUACGACUCCUAGUCCCGCUACAACUCAGCAGUGUUAUCCAGGUUCCACAGAUCCAAAUUGUCUUCAGAAAACUACACCUGGUCCUCGUUGUUACCCAGGAUCUAAUGACUCGAAAUGCCCACAAACAUCAGCAGCUCCAAAAUGUUAUCCAGGUUCUCAAGAGCAUGGGUGUCCAAAACAAAGUUCCACUCCUACUUCAGCAGCACCUGGUUGUUACCCAGGAUCAAGUGAUCCCCGGUGUCCUCAAACAACACCACCCACACCUGUAACCACCAGCGCACCAAACUGUUUUCCUGGUUCUUCUGAUGUGAGAUGUGGUGAAUCCUUGAAAACCACAACGGUUUCAUAUUGCUUCCCAGGUUCUUUAGAUCCACGGUGCCCCUCUACUGGCUACAAGGGUACAAGCAGAGUUCCGGCUACCUAUUUGCCUCCAUUUGAUAAGCCGGGUCAUGAUAGAACAGUUCGCAAAGCAAAAGAAAAUUCCCUAUUUGACGAAAUAAAUGGGCUUUUAUUCAGUGCCAACAACAUUUUUGAAGAGGAGUAUGAUGUGAAUUCUAAUAUUGAUGAUGAUGUUGAUGGGAGAAGCAAACGGAGUGUUGAAAAUUUAACUACGGAAGUUGAUGAUCUGAGUCCAAUUGAUGUAGAGUCUAACAUAUUGGAACGUAAAGUUCUUAAACGUAACACCAGCCCUCCUCAAAAAGAAAUCAUAACUAUUACUCUUAAUCUUCGAGGCAUUAAUUUCGAUGACGCCUAAAUAAAACAGGGCAUAGAAUGUACAGUUCCUUUUCAAAAAUGAUUUCAUAGACGUUAAAAUAAAAACAAAACAUGAAAUAUUAUAUUAUAUUAACCCUAAACCCUGAUUACCAUACCAGGUAAUCUAUAAAAUAUUUAUUAAUUACGCACAAAUAGAAAAUUAUUAUUAAUGUACAUAUAAACAAAUCAAUUUUUAUAGUGAAAAAAGCCAAUAAUAUGUUGGAAUAAAAUUAGGAAAUAGAUAAACUAGCGAACAAGGCUAUAACGAUUGAACUACCAUAAAUAAUGAUACAAAAUACUGCUUAUAAUAAGCUUGUCGGUUCAUAGUGUCAUAAAUUGUUGCAUCUUAAUUUUAUUUUAUUACAAAUACUUUGUUGUAUAUUUUCCAUAUAUAAAAUAAUUAAUUUUUAUACAAAUAUGAACUUAAUUAAGAAUUUAUACACAGAGCAAUAAAUAUACAUAUAUACAAGUAAUUAUUCA